CAGUUGAAAACACGUUACGCGCCUGUGCAGAGCGUUUUUGCGCUAUCCAAACGUUUCCGAUCCGAUUCAAUCCGAUCCGAUCCAAAGCAGCAGAUUCGAAAGUUUUACACCGCGUGCAGCAGAGCCACAACAACAAUAGCAGCAAUAAUAAUUCCGACCGUUAGAGUGAACGGCGGAAACGGAAAGUAAAAGCCCCGAACGCGACCAGAUUCAAAGGCAUACAGAGAUGGCCGAGACAGUCAACAACAAGCCGAGCAUACAGAUCCGGAGCGGACUGCCCUCGCCGCUGCCGGACAAGAGUCCCUCGCCGGCGGCCAAGCUGCUGAUCAGCCAUGGAAAGCCCAACUUCACCAUCGCCAGGUCGCCAAAGAUCGAUGAGAAUGGCAACGGAAACGGAAAUGGUGGCCCACUGUCCGCCCAGCCCUCAGCCAACAACAACUACAAUGCCUACAAGAGCGCCACCAGCACGGCGGUGAAUCCCCAGAAGUUCGUAGUGGGCACCAAGUUCAAUGGGGUCUUCAAGCCCUCGAAUGCGGCCGCCACUUGGGCCUCCAAUGGCAAUGGCAAUGGCUCCUCCGAGGCGGAGAACGAGGCGGCCAAGGUCGUCCUAAGGCGACCAAAGCUGGCGGAUUCACCACCACCCGCCGAGGCGGAGGACGAAAACGUGCCGGAGUUCAUCAGACGCCAGCGACGCAUCCAGGAGCGACUGGCCAAGGAGAAUGUGCUGGACUUUGAGAGCCGGCGCAGCGGCUACUUCACGCACGUCAUGAUCUCGCCGGACUCGCCCAAUCGCACCUCGUUCGUGGAGACCAUGGCCAGUCCGGCCAUCGUGCCAUCCCUCGAGAUUCCUGCCCCCGUGGCCGAGAAGUUGGAGGAGGAGGAGGUGCAGCCUCAGGUGGCCGCUGUGGUCACCUCUGCUCUGAUUACUGAGCCGGAAACCAUCACCAGCAAUGGUCACACGGAGGAGGCAGUCACUAAUGGCCACAAUGAGGUGGCUCCCGAGGAGGUGGCCCAGGCCAUUGAGCAGGUCAACCAGGCGGUGGCUGGCGAGGAUGAGGAGCCAGAGGUGGAGGCCCAACCAGAGCCAGUUCCAGUGGCAGCUGAGAGGAAGGCGGAGGAGGUAGCCACUCCCGCUGCAGUGGAAGCCAAGGUGGAGGUGGUGGAGCCAGCUGCUCCUGAGCAAAAUGGAGAGAAGGAGGAGAUUACUCCAGCCACCAAUGGCCACCAGGAGGAGGCAGCUCCAGCCACCAAUGGCCACCAGGAGGAGGAGCAGGCCAUCACCAUUUCGCACACCAAUGGCCAGAGCAGCGAUGGCCCCAGCAUACCCACUCCCGAUCCCAGUGGCGCCCUGGGAGUGAACUACGAACCCAAGACCGUGGUCAGCUUCUCCCAGGAGCUGGGAGGCGGUGAGAACCACUAUCCGGACACCGUGAAGGUGGUCAGCGAGGUGCCCGAGGGAGGAGAGCUCAAGGAGCUGGCCAAACUAAAGUUCGACAUCAAGAGCGACGACCAGAACGAGGUCCAGGUGACGCCCGUUUUGAGGGCAGACUAGAAGACCAUCGCCUUUAGGAUCAGGAGUAGUGCAAUUUGUUUGUUAAACAAGAAACCGUCAACUAUAUUGUAUUGUAUUUUGUGUUAGCUGCUAAGUUGAUUACGAGAAAUGUUGCCAAAUUUAAUUUUAUGCUUCGCGCAUCAGUCAGUAUCGAGAGAGUCGAGUGGAGUGCCCCAUCCCGUAAAGCCACCCAUGGAGGCCCGGUCCCCAAAGCGUGUUCUUGGGACUUGCUAAACCAAACUACGUUUAUUGCAAUAGACACCAUUUGCUUUAUUUAAAUAAAUUAUUAUUAUUGAGAA